AUGGAUCUCAAUCCAUUCCCUCCACCUGCAAGAGGCAGAGGGGGGAACAACCCUUUUGCUAACAAUGACAGGAACAGGCCGGGGGCAAACUGGAGGAAUCAUCCAGAUCUAGAAGUGCAGGACGAACACAGGGAGGAAGCUCUGCCCAGGCCAUAUAGGGCGGAGCCCAGGAUUGAUCACGUCCAGCCAGAACAGGGACGAAAUCUGCACCAUGUCAAUGCUUUGAAUGACAUGGGGGCAUUACAAAGAAUGAUCAGAGAGAUGAUGGAGCCUGAAGCCAAAACAGGAGAGAGGCCCACCUAUAGAAAGCCAUAUCCGACUUAUAUCGAUCAAAUACCUCUAUCACCAAGCUUCAAGGUGCCAAACUUCACCUUGUUCAAUGGAGAGGAUCCCUAUGCUUCAUCAGUUGAGCAUAUAGGCAGGUUCUCUGUCCAGUGCAUAGCCAUAGAAAAUAACCCUCUGUUAAAGCUAAGGCUUUUUGGAAAUUCUCUCUCCGGACAAGCUUUCACCUGGUACACCAAUCUGCCAGCCAAUUCUGUUCAAACUUGGGAGCAGAUGGAAAGUGUUUUCCAUGACUAUUAUUACAGGAUUCAGCCAGAAGUUACCAUCAGUGAUCUUGCUACCCUCAAGUAG